UAACAUGAAUCAGAAGAAAUAGUAUCUAGCACCCCCCCAGCGCCCCAAACCAACCUCUCUCCCCCCCCUCCUCCCCCGAUCCCUCUCUCUCUCCACACGCUUGCAGGCGCGGACGCGCGCGCGCGCGCACACAGACGCGCACACACACACACACACACACACACACACACACACACUGUAGUGUGUAUUUUCGGAGGAGGAGGUGGCGGUGGCUUUUGGAAGAGGAGGUAGCGGUGGUGCCGGGGAGGGGGGAAUCUCUUUCCCCGUCUGGAGAUGGUUGUGCUAUUCCUCUUUGCCUUGCUCUGGAUGGUGGAGGGGGCUUUUUGCCAGCUCCAUUACACGGUGCAGGAAGAGCAGGAGCAUGGAACCUUCGUGGGGAAUAUCGCCGAGGACCUGGGCUUGGACAUUACAAAACUUUCGGCUCGGCGCUUCCAGACGGCGCCCAACUCCCGCAGCCCUUACCUGGAGCUUAACCUAGAAACCGGGGUACUCUAUGUGAACGAGAAGAUCGACCGGGAGCAGAUCUGUAAGCAGAGCCCCUCCUGCCUGCUGCACCUGGAGGUCUUCCUGGAGAACCCCCUCGAGCUGUUUCGGGUGGAGAUCGAGGUGCUGGACAUCAACGACAACCCGCCCUCCUUCCCGGAGCCCGACCUCACCGUGGAGAUCUCGGAGAGCGCCACGCCGGGCACCCGCUUCCCGCUGGAGAGCGCCUUCGACCCCGACGUGGGCACCAACUCCCUGCGCACCUACGAGAUCACCCCCAACAGCUACUUCUCCCUCGACGUGCAGACGCAGGGGGACGGGAACCGCUUCGCCGAGCUGGUGCUGGACCAGCCGCUGGACCGGGAGCAGCAGGCGGUGCACCGCUACGUGCUGACGGCGGUGGACGGCGGGCAGCCCCAGCAGCGCACCGGCACCGCCCUGCUCACCGUCAGGGUGCUGGACUCCAACGACAACGUCCCCGCCUUCGAGCAGCCCGUCUACACCGUGUCGCUGCCGGAGAACUCGCCGCCGGGCACCCUGGUGCUGCAGCUCAACGCCACGGACCCCGACGAGGGGCAGAACGGCGAGAUCAUCUACUCCUUCAGCAGCCACAUCUCGGCCCGCGCCCGGGAGCUCUUCGGCAUCGCGCCGCGCACCGGGCGCCUGGAGGUGAGCGGCGAGCUGGACUACGAGGAGAGCAGCGUGUACCAGGUGUACGUCCAAGCCAAGGACCUGGGGCCCAACGCCGUGCCCGCCCACUGCAAAGUGCUGGUGCGGGUGCUGGACGCCAACGACAACGCGCCCGAGAUCAGCUUCUCCACCGUCAAGGAGGCGGUGAGCGAGGCGGCGGCGCCGGGCACCGUGGUGGCCCUUUUCAGCGUCUCGGACCGCGACUCGGAGGAGAACGGGCAGGUGCAGUGCGAGCUGCUGCAGGGCGACGCGCCCUUCCGCCUCAAGAGCUCCUUCAAGAACUACUACACCAUCGUCACCGAGGGGCCGCUGGACCGCGAGCAGCCGGGCGGCGACGCCUACACGCUCACCGUGGUGGCCCGGGACCACGGCGAGCCCCCUCUCAGCACCAGCAAGUCCAUCCAGGUGCGGGUGAGCGACGUGAACGACAACGCGCCGCGCUUCAGCCAGCCCGUGUACCAGGUGUACGUGAGCGAGAACAACGUGCCCGGCGCCUACAUCUACGCCGUCAGCGCCACCGACCGCGACCAGGGCGCCAACGCCCGCCUCGCCUACUCCAUCCUGGAGAGCCAGAUCCAGGGCAUGUCCGUCUUCACCUACGUCUCCAUCAACUCCGAGAACGGGUUUCUCUACGCCCUCCGCUCCUUCGACUACGAGCAGCUCAAAGAGUUCAGCUUCCAGGUAGAGGCCCGCGACGCGGGCGAGGAGCCGCAGCCGCUGGCCGGCAACGCCACCGUCCACAUCAUCGUGGUGGACCAGAACGACAACGCCCCCGCCAUCGUCAGCCCCCUGCCCGGCCGCAAUGGCACCCCGGCGCGGGAGGCGCUGCCCCGCGGCGCCGAGCCGGGAUACCUGGUGAGCCGGGUGGCGGCGGUGGACGCCGACGACGGGGAGAACGCCCGCCUCACCUACAGCAUCGCGCGGGGCAACGAGGCCGGGCUGUUCCGCAUGGACUGGCGCUCCGGGGAGCUGCGGACGGCCCGCAGAGUGCCGGCCAAGCGCGACCCGCAGCGCCCCUACGAGCUGGUCAUCGAGGUGCGCGACCACGGGCAGCCGCCGCUCUCCUCCACCGCCGCCGUCCAGGUGGUGCUGGUGGACGGCGCGGGCGAGCGCUCCGGCGGCGGAGGCGGCCCGGCCGCGGGCACGGGCGCGGGGGGCGGCGGCGGCGGCUCCGGCGAGCAUCGCCCCAGCCGCUCCGGGGGGGAUAACUCGCUUGACCUCACCCUCAUCCUCAUCAUCGCCCUGGGCUCCGUCUCCUUCAUCUUUCUGCUGGCCAUGAUCGUCCUGGCAGUGCGCUGCCAGAAGGAGAAGAAGCUCAAUAUCUACACCUGCCUGGCCAGCGACUGCUGCCUGGGCUGCUGCUGCUGCUGCCCCUGCUGCAGCCGGCAGGCGCGGGCCCGCAAGAAGAAGCUCAGCAAGUCGGACAUCAUGCUGGUGCAGAGCUCCAAUGUGCCGAGCAACCCGGCGCAGGUGCCGGUGGAGGAGUCCGGCAGCUUCGGCUCCCACCACCACAACCAGAACUACUGCUACCAAGUCUGCCUCACCCCCGAGUCCGCCAAGACCGACCUGAUGUUCCUCAAGCCCUGUAGCCCCUCUCGCAGCACCGACGCCGAGCACAACCCCUGCGGGGCCAUCGUCACCGGCUACGCCGACCAGCAGCCCGACAUCAUCUCCAAUGGCAGCAUUUUGUCCAGUGAGACAAAACAUCAGCGUGCUGAGCUCAGUUAUCUAGUUGACAGACCCCGACGAGUAAACAGUUCUGCAUUCCAGGAAGCAGACAUAGUAAGCUCUAAGGACAGUGGUCAUGGAGACAGUGAGCAAGGAGACAGUGAUCAUGAUGCCACUAAUCGAGGUCAAUCCUCUGGCAUGGAUCUCUUCUCCAAUUGCACAGAGGAAUGUAAAGCACUGGGCCACUCAGAUCGUUGCUGGAUGCCUUCCUUUGUUCCAUCGGAUGGACGCCAAGCUGCAGAUUACCGCAGCAAUCUGCACGUACCUGGCAUGGACUCCGUUCCAGACACUGAAGUGUUUGAAACACCAGAAGCCCAGCCCGGGGCAGAAAGGUCCUUCUCCACCUUCGGCAAAGAGAAGGCCCUUCACAACAGUCUGGAAAGGAAGGAGUUCGAUGGACUGCUGUCUAAUACACGAGCGCCUUACAAACCACCAUAUUUGACACGGAAAAGGAUAUGCUAGUCACUUCUACAGGACUUACCUGAAGCAGCAUGAUUUGCACAAAAGAAAGUCGACCAACAAAAAGCAUCAGCUUUCAACUUCAUUAUCUUGGCCAUCCAGUUCUGUGUAACUGAAGGAUUUGUGUGCUGUUGGAGACAUCCUGGCCAACAAUAGGACCUAAUUGCUCUCAGCAGGCCUGAGAAAUGAGUUGAAAUGUGUAGAACUGUAGAAACUUCAGAGGCAACUGAUCUUGCCUCUCUGAUCAGUGUGUGCCUGUUUACAGCACUAUAUAUCUUUCUCUCUCCAAAAUGUCACUGAGCCCUUUAGAUGUUUAUAUUCACCACAAAAAGCCAAUCGUACAGAUAAAAGAGAUGUGCAUUAUAAAUGCAAUAUCACUGUUUUAAACUUGACUGUUUUAUAUUAUUUUUGUGUGAUCAAGUGUUCCCCAAACUAUUCCAACUUUACAAGAGAGAUUGUGAUCAUGUUCUUUUCACCUGUGGGUCAUAAAAAUGUUGUUAAUCUGAAGACCCACAAAAUUAUCAAAGACAUUUCUGUAGUUUAUACACCGUGUUGCAAAGUGUUUACUGUACUAUUUCAAAGCUUCUAAAUAAAUAUAAAAUAUAUAUAUUAUAUUAUAUAUAAUUUUCCGAAAAACGUGGUACAACUUAGUUGAUUUUUAAAUGGAUUCAUACAGUCUACACCAUACACUAAAGUGAGAAGAUAAUUCAGGGUUCCUAAGCUAUCCUUGCUAAAAACGAAAAUAAAAUAAAUCUUUAGUAGUACUUCCCCAAAAUUCGUAUUUUGGUCAAUCCUGUUUUUCUUGUUUAAAAGAAAAGAAAAAAAGCUGUAAGCAACAACAUUUUGUCUGAAAAGUUGUAAGGAAUUUUCAAUGCCAAAGAUGCAGCUGUCAGCAUUACCCGAAUGAGCGCUUUGUACUAUCAGAGGUAUAAAUCACUCUCCAUUAUUUUGGUUAUGUUUCUAUGGUUUUUAAUUUGGAAUCACAAAAUCUUUUAUAAGGCUCUAUAAAUUCACCUGUAUAUGUUGUUAAAAAGAACACUGGGUGUCUGUACAUUUUGCAAUGUAAAAUAUAAUGUAAGUGAAGUUAAAUAUUUUAAGAAAAUCAUCCCAAGCUCAUAAAUAUGUAUACAUACAUACAUAAAUACAUACACACACACACACAAACACCCACACAUCUCUCUUUAACAUAGUUUUGUGAAACUAUACAAAUAUAUUGCCUAAAAAUAUUUCUCUUGUGGCUAGGAAUAGUUGUUGAUAGAAUUCAAAUUACAAAGGCAAAGUAUAUGCCAGACUCUUUUAUCACAAAGGAGAUUUCCAAUUAGGAACAUGGCACAUUCUCAGCUGACCCCUGUCCCAUUGGAGUUAAAAUGGUGUUGGUCACCAUUUUGCUGGGAAAAGGAUUAAGCCCUUGCAUAUAAUCUUUAUGUUCUGUAAUAAUUCUGUGGUCUGAAACAGUAUCUUAGAGCGUUUCUUUUCUAUGAAAUAUUGAAAAAAGUAAAAUUUCAAAAGUAAAGUUUAAAACUACUUUC